UGUAUAUAUAAAAAUGUAGGGUUUACUUUGUAAUGCAUCAGGAUAAUUUGAUUGGUAAAAAAUAUUAUUACAAAUUUCGAUUCAAAGCUCAAGAUGUAAAUAAUGCAAAUUAUUUAGUUUUCGUUUAAAUAAUUGCAUAUUACAUUAUUUAGGUAAUUCUGUGGGUUAUACUUACAGGCUACAUAUUCCUGGGAUGACUUCAGAGGCUGUACCUGUAGAAACUGUUCUGACUGAAGUGGAUGGUAAAGUUGACAUUAAGGUGGAAAAUGGUGUCAAUAAACACAGAAAACAACUAAUAUCAAAAGGAGAUGUUCAAAAGACAGUUUCCAUGGAAUUUGUUAAAAAUGAAGUAUCAGGUGCUUUAGAUGAUGAUGUUGAAAUAAACACCGUUAUACAAAAUGAAACUACUAAAAAUGAUACAGGUCAAGAAUCAGAACCUUCUAAAAGUAAAACCUCAAACAAAACAAAACAUUUCUUUUGCUCUGUGUGUAACAAAGGAUUUACCAAACGUCCUGGUCUAAGAGAACAUUUAAGAAUUCACAAUGAUAAUCGUCCCCUGUUAAAUUGCAGGGUUUGUGGAAAGGUUCUAACCACAAAUGUUGGAAUAAGGAAGCAUGAAAAAUCACAUUUUUUAACAGAAAAACCAUUUAAAUGUGACAAGUGUGAGUGUCGCUUUGCUUGUCCAUCUUCUUUGAAAUACCACUUAGCAACAAAGCAUGCUCCAGAGCCAUUAGAGAGAACUGAGGUUUGUAACAUUUGCGGAAAGGCAUUUCAAACAGUGGAAAACCUGAAGAAACAUGUAUUAUUGCAUAGAGAAAGGUCCUAUCUCUGUGAGCUUUGUGGGAAAGCCUUUAAGAAAGGUUAUGCCCUAAAAUGUCAUAUGACAGCUAUUCAUUCUGAUAUAACUCCAUAUGCUUGUCAGUACUGUGACCAGAAGUUUAGAAAGAAAUUGAAUUUAAUAGCUCAUAUAAGGGAACAUACUGGUCAACAAAGCUAUGAGUGUCAGUUUUGUUCAGCAUGGUUUGGAAGCAAAUCAUCUUUGAGUAAGCACAUUAAUAAAAAUCAUAAAAUGCAAAACCAGUAUUUAAAAGAAGUCGAACAAUCACUUGUAGAUGUUGAAUAAUUUGAUCUCUGCAAUGAAAAAGUCUAGAGAUCUACUAAAUGUCACUGUUAUUGAAUUUAACUCCUGUUACCACUGUUACCAUGUAAUUAAUGUAUAAAACGAGUUGCUUAUCAAAAUGUAUGCAACUGUGUAAAGUGAUAUUGUGAUUUCUUUUUGUUGCAAUAUUGACUUCAAAUAACUGAAUAAAUUUAACAUGCAAAAGAAUACAAAGUACUUUAAAACAACUGUAGAUAAUUUCCUUUGUUACUGUUUUUGUAAUCUCUGCCAAAAACAAAAUGGAAGUGUAAACCUAGAAGAAAGCUGUGUUGAUGGGAAAUAGCUUACAGUAAACAUAGAGUAGAUACGAUGCUACAGUGGAGAAAUUAUGAUCCUACUGGUGAUUUUCUUUUGCUGGAUGAAAUUCCUUUAUAUUUACUUAGAGAAAUCUUCUGAGGCUACCUAUUAAUGAAGGCAUUAACACAUUAAACAAUUAUGUUAUUUUAUUACAAGUAAUUAAAUUCAAUGGUAUAGCUAGGUUCAUUGUCAUUUAAAAAAACUAUAUAUUUUAAAUGUUUUUACUUAAGGAUUAUCAGCUCUAAGCAUUACCUAUCUGAAAGGUUUGAACAUCUCUAUCGGUAUAGAGAAAGUUAUUGUAACUUAUAAAGUGUUUGUGAAAAUGAACGUUUAAUCAAGUUUUUAGAUUCAUGAAUACCUUAUUUUUGGACACAAAUAAUAUUGGUUACCAAAAUAAAAGUAAUAGUUUGAAAAGUAAAGUACAAUGCAUUCCAAAGUUCAGUAGUUAUUUAGAAUGCACAAUAUGUCAUUUUCCUUUCAAAAUAGGAAUAAGUUUUCCAGAUAAUACAUUACUUUCUUCAUAUUGAAUAUCAAAAACAUAAAUAUAUAAUAAAAUGACCAAAGUUUAUACCUGUUAAAAUAAGUAAAUAAAAAUCAUACAGUCAAUUGGGCUUCAUCAAGUGUACACCUAUAUAGAAACCAAUAAUUUUAUUUAGCAAGAAGAAUGUUAUUAACAGUGAAACUUUCAAACAUACUACAUGUAGGAUGACUUAGGAUAAUAGUUAAUACAAAUUUUUUUCUUCAUAAUUAACAGAAAGUGAUUAAAGAUAAUCAGAGUUUUCUUUAUUCUAGUUUUGAAAGGGCACAACUACUGUUAAGUGAUCUGAUACAUAAAAAUAUGCUAUUUCAAUCCAUGUCCAUAAAUGCUGAUUUGGUACUAUAGUCUUUGCAGCUCAGUAAAUUAUUAUACAACAUUUGUUAAUGAGACAUAUGACCAUUUCAGUUAUUAAUGCAAGUUGCGCAUCAAUGUGGAAAACUUCAUCUUAGUAAAUCAUUGGGUCACUCCUCCAUUUUUCUAGAACAUCUCAACAUGUUCAACCAGAAUCAAGUCUCAUGAGCAUGCUGACCAAUCCAUUCACUCAAUACUCUUUUCUUUCAGGAAGUUGAUAACAGUAGAACAUGGCAGGGAUGAGUGUUAUCAUUCAUCAGAAGAAAGUAUUGACUGAAUGUACCAUGCUUGUGGUAAUGCUAAUGACUGUAAGGCUACAUCCCUAUAUUGUAAUGUAUUCAAUGUGUGAUAUUAUAGUACAUAAAAGUCCGUUUGGCCUUAUAUUGAUCCCUGCUCAAAUCAAUAUGUCAUUACUGCCAUACAUGUCAUUUAUCCAUAAAAUUGGGAUUGGAUCUGGUCCCUGGUACUAUCUAAAUGAGAACACAUUUUGUAUUUGGAUGUAAUGUGAAGGAUGGUUCAUCUGUGUGCAAGAUAUUCACCAAAAUGCUUUUUUCACUACUGAAGAUGAACUAUUUUCUGGAAAUGAGUUCCUUUAACUAAGCUAUUUUUCAUCUGGCAUAAAGGAUAACCCUUAAGAAAUGUGUUUCUGACUGUUUGCAUGCUGAUUGGAUGACCAGCUUGCUGCUCUGAACUGUUGAUUAAUUAGAGGAGCUGAGGCCUACUGGCUGCUUCGAGCCCAUAUUGUUGGUCAGUUAGUUGUCUUGCAUAGUUGUCAACUGUGGUCUGCCUUGUCAGGGUUUACAGUUUUCUAAAAAUGAAUCCACAUCCCUCUAGCCAUACUUUGUAAAACAUGUGUAGCCAUUCUGAUGAAUUGUGUUUUACCAACUUCUGGCCAACCUAUUGCAUUGUCAUCAUUUGAAAUCUAUAUCAUGCCAUUUGUACAAGACUAAACAUAGGUGGCCUUAUAGUGGUACUGAUCUCAAUGUCCUUUUCCUUUAUGGCUCCAGCAAUGACGAAGCUCAAGAGAUUACUCAUCUGGAUUAGAUUCCCCAAGUUGACUUUGUGCUUGUUUACCAUAUACAGAAGGAUGGAUGGCUAAAUUGACAAAUGACACCCCUUGACAAGAAUUGAACCUGCAACCAUUUGACAAGGAGUCAAGUGCUCAAACUCUGGGUUAAAGAGCAACAUCUACACCAUGGAAAUGUUCAAAUGACUUUGUUGGUACCAUGGUAUGUUAAAUUAUCAUUUUAGGUUUCUCAAUAUAAACUGGUGUUGUUCAAAAUGGAAACUGAAAUCACACUAUCAUUGUUUCCCUUUUAUAUACAAUUGAAAUAUGCAAAUCAAAUUAUAUGACAGGCCUCCCAAUUCUUAAUUUGCAUAAACGUAGACUUGGGGAUGCCAUUGACAUUAUUUGAUAAUAGUAGAUGUGUCUUGUCAUAGCUAGAAUAUAGAAAACUGAUUAUAUUUUAAUUAUUAUGAGCAGUAUAUUAUGAAGGACAAUAUUUUUCUUUGGUCAAAUCUGAAUUACUGAUUCUUAAAGAGUUAUAUUUAUGUGUGUGUUCUGGCAUGUGUAUCCUACUGAUCACUUUUUUUAGGUUUUUGAUGUUAGACUUCAGGCUUUUUAUAAGAUUCCUAAUUUCUGUGUGUCACUUUUAAAUUUGCAAAAACAACUUAUAAAAAGUUCUUAAUUUUCAAACUUCAUUUUAUCACAUUGGCAUUAUUAGGAUUGAAUCAUAAAUUCAACUCUCAAAACAAUUUUUGAUAUCAAGAACUUCAUUUCUUAGCAAGAGAAUAUUUUUACAAAUGCUGCCUGUAACCUGUUGGUUAUCACAAAGGGAAUAUUGGACACAGCUGUUGUUAUUAUUAUUUUUGUAAAUGAUGCGAGUGACUUUGAAAUUCUAAAGUUAUUUAAAGAAAUAUAUAUAAGUUAAACUGUAUUGAUAAAUUUUUACACAUUUUAUUUCACUCAAACCCAAGAAUAAAUUUAGUAUGUUUUUUUUUAAAUAUAAAGAUGAGUAGUAAGUUUGCUACUAUGUGAGUAUAAAGAGAGUAAAACAAUUGAAAUCUGAAUAUAGGAAAAUUCCUAAAGCAAAAUACAUGUUUCUAUGUUUUUCAACUAAAUGACAGAAUGUUCUAUCUUAGAAUAUGAACUAAAAUAAAUGAGAUUAAAAAAAAAAAAGAAAUGAUAUUGUUUGACGAUAAAAGGUAUUAAUAAAAAUUAGUUUUCAUAACAGUUUUUGGUAUAUAAUCAUUAAAACUUGGAUUAAAACUGAAAUUUUAUUGGUUUUCUAGAUUUCUAACAUGAAAUGUAUGUCUUGGUUUGAUGAUGAUGAGUUUUUUCUUCUUAAUGCCUUAAAUAUAUUCAAGUUUACAGCCAUGUUUUAUCUCAGUACUUGUUUCAGUAUACAUUUCAAGUAAUAUAUAUAUAUGUAUGUAGUAUAAUGGUAAGUGCUGCAAAGAAUUAUAGUGUGCUGAAUUUUGUGGUAACUGCUGUGUGUUCCAUGCUCUCUAAACAUAAUUUGGUAUAUUGUAAAGUAUUCCCAGAAGAUGCAUUUAAAGUUAUGGGAAAGAAGAUUGUUCAACUUCACUGCAGUGUUGAAUGUAGUUAGAUGUAAUUUGAAAGGUGAAGUGAAAUUACCUAAAAUAAGAUGGAUUGUGUGUUUGUAUUUGUAUAUAUGUUAUAUAUUUUGCAGUCAACAUGAAGUACUGCUGUUGUGCAUACACACACACAUAAGAGUUAGUCUAUAUUAGUAAAUAGUCUGGAAUAUAUGAUAUGAUUGUUUUAUAUAUGAAAAAACUAACAAAGAAAUAUGGUUGUGAAAGUUGUUGAAAGGAAAGGUCUUUCAUACAAGUCAUGUAGUGUGAAAAAAAAAAAUUUCAAUCAAUAAUAAAACUUAAUCUACAUGUAUGUUGUUAAACCAAAACUACUAAACAGUUAUAAUAGAUUUUUGAGUUUCAGGAUAAUGCUACGAAAGUUUCAGUCUAUUUUCAUGUAUAAAAUUUAAAAUUCUUGAGCAAUCAAAAAAGUCUUAAAAUUAAUUAUUGUUUGGUCUUUUGUAGUCAUAUUUAACUGUAUUUUACUAGUGAAAGUUUCCUUUCAUCAGUAUAAUUAUUAUUUUAUAAAAAAUGUAAAUUUUGUAUUUCUGAGACAAAAAAAAAUUGUUUCCGCAAUAUCCAUGCCAUAUCAUUAAAAUUUAUAAAACUUUUA